UAGGCUGUUGCCAGGUUCCCACUUUCAUGGGUGUGGUGAUUAGCCUGCUUGGUGAAAAUUUCAGUCAAAUCCGAUCCGAGUGGGUGCUCCCUACUGACCCCUAAAGCGGAUUAAAUUGUGUGGAAAUUAACGCGGCUCCUCUCCACGGUCUCCCCCCUCCAGCUGAGGCCAUGGUUGUCGUGUGAAAACAUAUCGGUGCGACUCGGACCGAAGGAACGGGACUGAGCCAGAACGCCUCUUUUUCAGGUGUCAGCUGGUCAAGUGUUUCGUGAGCGUGUAAGUGAGUGUGUGUGCGCGAGCAGGCUCGUGUUUUUUCCCAACCCAGCCAGUAUUCACAGAGGACGGUGUCCUGACCGCAUCUCACAGGGACAAUGAGUGAGCUCGAACAGUUGCGGCAGGAAGCCGAGCAACUACGCAACCAGAUCCGGGAUGCCAGGAAAGCCUGCAGUGAUUCCACUCUGUCACAGAUCACAGCUGGUCUGGACUCGGUGGGCCGGAUACAGAUGCGGACACGACGCACUCUCAGGGGACACCUGGCCAAGAUAUAUGCAAUGCACUGGGGGAGUGAAUCCAGGUUACUGGUCAGUGCCUCGCAAGAUGGAAAGCUGAUCAUCUGGGACAGCUACACAACAAACAAGAUGCAUGCUAUCCCACUGCGUUCUUCAUGGGUGAUGACGUGCGCCUACGCCCCCUCUGGGAACUAUGUGGCCUGCGGAGGCCUGGACAACAUCUGCUCUAUAUACAGUCUGAAGACCCGUGAGGGCAACGUGCGGGUCACCCGAGAGCUACCUGGACACACAGGUUAUUUGUCUUGUUGUCGCUUCUUGGACGACUCCCAGAUACUAACGAGCUCCGGAGACACCACCUGUGCAUUAUGGGACAUAGAGACGGGCCAGCAGGCCACCUCCUUCACCGGCCACACAGGUGAUGUGAUGAGCCUGUCUCUUAGCCCAGACUUCCGGACUUUUGUGUCCGGCGCCUGUGACGCCACCUCCAAGCUGUGGGACAUCCGUGAUGGGAUGUGCAGGCAGUCUUUCACCGGCCACGUGUCUGACAUCAACGCCGUCUGCUUUUUCCCCAACGGUAAUGCGUUCGGCACAGGCUCGGACGACGCCACCUGCAGGCUGUUUGACCUACGUGCCGACCAGGAGCUGAUGACCUACAGCCAUGACAACAUCAUCUGCGGCAUCACCUCUGUGGCCUUCUCCAAGAGCGGCCGUCUGCUGUUGGCCGGCUACGACGACUUCAACUGCAACGUGUGGGACACUCUGAAAGGGGACAGAGCAGGCGUCCUCGCCGGCCACGACAAUCGUGUGAGCUGCUUAGGAGUGACCUCUGACGGCAUGGCCGUGGCCACUGGAUCCUGGGACAGUUUCCUCCGGAUCUGGAACUAAACUCAGCGUCUCGCCCGAUGUACUCGAUCACUGCCCGCCCCCCCCUGGGUCUGCAGCCCCCCGACUCACCCGCUGGGCUGGACCGCAGGGAGCGCAUUUCUGAAGCCCUUCUCACUCCUCCGAGCUGAAGACUUUCUCGACCUUUUUAGUUUUUUCUCAGCAGAGCUGUCACGAAGCCACAAAAACCUCUUUAUAAAAAGUCGUCAAAUUGAAACCAUGAAAUUAUUUCUAAUGAAAAUAACUGAAAGAUCAUUUUAAUUUCCUUUUUCUUUCUAAGGGCAUUAAAGUGCAUUUGUGGCCGUGAGUACAAAACAAAAUUAGUAUCAGUGUGUAAUAUGUAAAUGUAUAUAUAAAGGCAGUAUAUAUGUAUAGCAUUAUGUGUGUAUAUAUGCAUUAUAUAUGCAUAUAUAAUGUGUGUAUGUAUAAAUUUUUGUAGUUCAUUUGCUUAUCGAGGUAUUUUUGUUGCUUUUCAUUUUUGUUUUACGAUAAAUAGACAUAACCGCAGAAUGCCAGAAAUAUUAUUAGCGAACUUUAAUUAAAGGAAAAUGAGAGUAAGCCUUUUCACUCAGUUACGAGUCAAAAUUUAGCCUGGCUACAUUUUCUAUUAUUAGGAUUAAAGGCAUUUUUAGGUUUUUAUUUCGGCGUUAGUCGAGUCAAAAUCAUUUUGUUUUGGAAGGGAAUCACGAGAUUGAGAUUGAGAUUUUAGGAGCUUCAAUCCAAUAUAUAUAUUUUUUUCUUUUUUUUUUUGUCUGGAUCAAGCUUUAACUCCAAAGUAGAAACUGUUAAAGCUCAGGCUACAGUAGGCCGGGAAGGAAACGAUCCGAGGCUUCGGUUUGGCCUCCGCUCUUUUGGAUUGGUGGUUUCAGCUCAUCGAAUGCUGAAUAUCGGGACAACCACAUCCAUUCCAUGCAAAUCGGCUGCAGCUUGACUGGUAAACGGAGGUCGUAAUAGCCCUACCUCACGUGAUCUGCAGAAGAUUCGUCUUUCCUUCAACAUUGGGACAAGCUUCGGUUAUUUAUAUACAUUAUGAUGGCAACUUAAAUACAAGCAGAAGCUGGUUUCUCCCUGCAAUCCUGACACAACUCUGCCCAAAGACAAAAAAAAAAAAGUUAAGUUUGUCUGACCAGAGUCUACAGGAGCUUCUUGUUGGGACUGUGAAGGACCGUAGCAGCCUGAGAAAACGGGGGGGGAAAAAGAUGUCAGAGCUUGCCGUGUCAGUUCAGUAUUUGUUUCCCUCCUGAAUGAAGGAUUGAACUUCUUUUUAUCAUCAAGGUGUGAGAAAAGCAGCAGAAAACAUGUUAGCCACUUCAAAAUCACACCAGUGCCAUAGCAAGCCUGCUACAAAAAAUAAGGACACAAACACUUAAACUUUAGCAUUUUGUUUCUCACCAAAAACGCAUCAUAAACUUUUAAUCUUAACUAGUGAAGAACGUGCACCUAAUAGAGAGCUAGAAGUGCACUCACAAGCAGUAGUAUAGUACAGAUUUUGUGAUAUUGAGGUUUUUCGUGAUCCAUUUUGCAUUUAAGAAUCUUGAAACAAAACCCAGAUCUUGUGUGAGUUGGACCUAUCAGCUGUCUCAGGUGCCUAUCUGUGAUUCUAAACUUUUGAAGCUCCUGGGCUGGACUGAGGAGGGUUUGCGACGAGGCACUGCUGCCUCCGUUUUGCCUUAGUGUGCCGUUCAAAACGGAGGGUGAAAUUAGCCAAGAAGAAUAGAAACGUUUUCUCUUUUAUUUUACACAAACUCCCCGCAUUGAUCCUACGGUCUGGAAUUUGAUUUGUUUGUUUUCCAAGUAUGGAUAAAUUCAGAAAAAUAUAUUUCUCUAGAUAUUUUUCCCCUGAUUUAUUGGUAACAUGGAAAUGUGUAUAUAUGUGUGUGUGUAAGUAAAUAGGAUGUUGUAUUCAUCCAUCAGUCAGUUUGGACAUCUGUCCAUUAAUCUGUCAUCCUGUCAAUCCAUGCAUCUGUUUGUCCAUCCACCAUCUGUCCGUGCAUCCUUUCUUCCAACCAACUGAUUUAUCCUUCAAUACAUUCAUCCAUUUAUAAACUCAUCCACCAAUUCCUCUACUGGCCGAUCUCCAGUAGCUGCCCAUCUGUCCAUCAAACAAUUCAUCCUUUAACCCAAUUAUUUAUAAACCAAUCUGGCCAUCCUUCCGUUUAUCAACCCUACAAAUAAUCCAUCAAUUUCUCUGUCCAUGAGCCAAUCUAUUAAUCAGAUAUCUCUUCAUCCAACCAUCCAUGUGUUCCACAGAUUGUCCAUUUUUUCAAUCAUCCAACAAGAAAUCUUUCCUCCUUUUCCACCUGUAUGCCAUAUCUAAAGCCUGUCUCCUGAGGGGAAAUGUCUAAAAUUUACAGUAAAUGUUUGUCUUUAUACUCGAACCAUGGCUCAGAAAGGACUUGUAGAGUAUGGCGUUUAGGAGCCGUGUGAGUGAGAACGUUCUUUCCUCCCAAGAAGAAGCAAACACUGAUUCCAGUGAACACUAAGACGAACGCUUAAGAGGAAAACCACAUGCAGCUCCUCACUGCUUCUUAAUGCCUCACUUCCUUUAUUCUUUGUAUUUUUUUUAUGUAUAAAUCUGCUUUCAACUAACACAGAAACAUUUGUAUUUCUGGUUGGUUCAGCCGUCAGUUAUUCCCUCUUUUGAAGAGCUGUGGUUCUGGUCAACGUUUAAUUUUAGAGGGUUCGUGUGAUUUUACUCUUCUUUUGAAGCUAAAUAACUCAUCCUGAGGGAAUGUUUGUGAACAGCAGAUAGUUCGUAGGAUAUCCUGGAGAGACGUCUAGGAUGUGAAAUGUCUUGCAUAUCAGUUUUGACGAAGGCUUGUGUGUGUUGGGUAGAGGGACCGGGUGUAAUCUGAUGUUCAAGUGUUACUUCCUCAUUCAUCUGUGCCAAUGUGCUCCACAGACCCUGAGCUGUGAACCGAAAACUAGUCUGUAAAAUAAAAAAACCACAAAAAAACCCCAUUGCUAGCGUUAAUCAAGUGCCAACUUUCUCUGUCAUUUUUCACCAAAUCUGUUGUCUGAUCUGAUAGGUUGACUGCUUCUGUCUGUGAGUUUUUGUAACCUUGAGUGUCAUUUCCGCUACCAAGCUCAAAAACAUUCAGAUGUUCAUGUAUUAAUUACAGGACUAAAAGGUUUGGAUUUAAAGAGACAGGACAUUAUGUUGGGUCUCGCUUUCUCUCGCUCUCUCUCUGACUGUACAACAAGAAGAUGCUUGAAGAAACAUUUAAUGUUUUGGGUCUAAUUUUCUCUUGACUCCAUCAGCAGUAGAUUCUUGACAUUGUGGCUUUUCUUAAGCUAUUAAAAUGUAACUUGAGCUGCAUUCUUUAGUUCUAUUUUUUUUUUCUUGUCUCUGAACACUAAUGCAGCAGGAAUUUGUCUGCAUGUUAACUCUCAAACACAUAGCUGGUUUUAGUCAAACCAGUUAUAACCAAAUGCAUACGUUCUGUUGUGCAGAUGAAUAUUUCUACCACUUUAGGAAGCAACUGAAUCUAAACUGAAAAGUGGAUCAUUUUAAAGUAAACAAAAACCAUCUAAUUAGGAGUUCCCCUGGCAGUCUGUGACGCUGCUUUGGUCAGGAUGGCAGAUCCAGCAGCUGCAGUUUUCUCAGCUGGAAAGCUGGACAGGCUAGUAUCUGGACCAUUGCUGGGAACUUUGAGCGUUCCAGUGAAAACACAUUUGGACUCCUGGACAGCUAAUCAUGGAAUGAUUGAGGAUAUCAAGCUAUACCAAAGCUAAAAAAUUUUUCAAAACUGUUCAUAUCAUUUACAACUUAAUUGUUUUAUUCUUAAAAAAAAAAAUAAUCCUGCUGAAUUGACUGCCGUUUUCUCCAGCUGUGUUGACCAUAAAGCAGCAGCAACCUUUUGCUGUGGGCUGCUGGUCAGCUUGCUGAAAAAGCACCAGUGCUCUUCUUCCUUGCUUAUUAGAAACAGUAAUGAUGGGGAAACUAUGAAGAACUGUUUUAAAAUGAUUGUAAUUUUAACGCAUGUAACAUAAUUCAUAACGGUUUAUGAUUAUUUCCUAUUACCACUGUUUGUAUCUUUGUAUCAUGUUGGAUGUUUCUUCUCAUCUUCCCUAAAUGUUGAACAUGUCAGUUUCUCACUGUGUUGCUGUAUGAAUCUUAAAGAAACACAAUGACCCUUAACAGCUGAGAGACAGCCAGUAUGAGAUAAUGAUGAUGAUAUUCGGUAAACAAACCUUUUAUCCCUGUGUAUUUCUGCAUUGUUAGCCGCUGGAGCCUGGAGUAGAAACACUUUCAUGUGCCUGUGCAGUUCACUCAUGCAGGUCGAACAGUAAACCUGUAAAUCCAACAACGGUGCUUUUCGUCAGUGUCGCUUCCCCGAAUGUUUGGGUUUGUCCCCCCCCCCCUCCAGUUUUCUGACUGAUCAGGUCGGCUGAUGUUACAAACUGAUCACAUGUGUGCGCUCAGAGCCAGAGGUUCAGUGUUGAACACGUAACGUCUUUUAUGUGUUUGACAGUUUGGUCCUGUUGACGCUGCAUGAGUUCAGUCUGUAAUCGAGCUCCCGUUUUAUUUACAGUACGACAAAAAUUUUAACAUUUUGACAUCCCUGCUUCUUUUUUUCAUUUUUUUUUUUUUUUGUUGUUGUUGCACUAACACCUCAAAACUGCACUGCUCUUUGACUACAGCCUACUGUCCUGACAUUCUGGUUUUUAUUUGAGGUUUUUCCUUUAUUUAUUUGUUUGUUCGAAGCCAUUAAAGACCGGGGACUUGGUGCCAUCAUAACUCUCUUUACAGUGCUAUUGUGAGAAAUUAUAAUCACUUGUUAUGAGAUAAUUUUUAUAGUCUUUUUCACACCAGACCUUUUUUUGUAUUUGUACAGUGGCUUGGUGAUACUGAUAUGUUGCCAUGAGUUAUUGUAACCAAUAAAAAGCUUUUAAUCAACAA